AUGAACGCUCCUGAUCUUCCCGCCGUUAAUCAGCAUGAAAACAACAGCGCUGCUGUUGAAACCGAACAAGACCCUAUGGGGGACAACAAUUCUCACCGCUUCCCCGAUUGGCUUCCCGAGGACAUGCGACACCUGAAAGGUCCAGCUGUGGGUCCAACUGAUUCCAUGCUGGACAGAAGACAAGAAACCCAAGAAUUGCCAAACGCACAGCUCGUAGAGUCCCCCGCCAGUGCCUAUCUUGUUUAUCCCGUGCAAGAAAAUAACGGAGCGAACGAGGCAUCGCUGCUCCGAAAGUGCAUACCGGAUACCAGUACGAACAGCGGAAAGCUCCUAUGCUUGGGGAUUGUCUUUGCGAUUGCUUCGGUAGUAACUGUGGUGUCUGUUGCAGCCAUUGUCUGCACUAGUGGCGCAUGCACUUCCGAGGAUGACACGCCGCCAAUGAUAUUCGGCCAAAGAUCUGUGGAGGAUCUUGCGUGGAAUGUGGCAUUGAUGUUUACUGUUGCCCAUGAUCACCGCGGGUUUCGCCGUCUUCACGAGCUGACAGCUGAGCCAAAGGAAACUUUGGCGACCCCGUCGUGCGACAAUACCAUUGUGGAUUGA